AUAAAAGAUUUUCAUGAUUAAGAUAGGUCUAUUUUUAGGCUGGAGGCUCCCCCCGUGCUGUGUGAUUAUAUUUACCUAAGACAGCAAGUGCGCGCGACGCUGACCUCAGCCGCGGGGCCAAGUAGCGGGAUUCCCACUCAACUGGGAAUUCCCUGCCUACCGCCUCACUGCGCAGGCGCCAACUUUGGGUUGGGAGAAAUUACGACGGUUGUUUGGUUGUUCCGACAGUUUACACUGACGGAGGGCUUUAUAGGUACCUUGCCAUUCAGUUUUCGCUCCAUUUUGUGUUGCAAACGAAAACAAGCAUGACCCUGCCGAAACACACAGAAGAAGAAGGAAGCGUGGAAAGUUACCUCGAGGUUGAUGGCUGUUCGUCCGCCACCUUUUCGUCUCUGUCUUUUGUUCGUGGACUUCAAACUCUGACAAUUUCAGACACCCAGGGUUACCGCAGUCCAGAUGAAACGUCGAAGGAUGUGAUUCUGUUCUCAGAAAGGGAUUCUUGUGAACAUCGAGUGGCGGCGCCGAGUGAGUCGUCGUCGGGUAUAGGCACGCUGGGACUGGGGUCAGUGUGGGACAGUGCAGGUCACAUGGCGUUGUCGCCGACUGUCAGCACGGUGGAAGACGACUACGACGACGUUUUCUGCACAAAAGAUAUUAGCAUGGCGAUGAAUGAUAUGCCUACAGACAGCAGACAUCGACCCAAAAGUGGAAUCUGGAUGGAGGAACCACCUGACAACUUUCCCGACAAAGAUGGAGACACAGUCUUGCACCUGGCGGUGCUUCAGGCUGUGGCCCGUCUGUCGGACCUGAUGCGCCUGCUGCAGCUGCAGGGCCAAGUGAACUUUCGCAACCGCCUCUUCCAGACGCCCCUCCACAUCGCGGUCCUGACGUCGCAGGUCGGAGCCACCGAGGCUCUGCUGGACCUGGGGGCGUCGCUGUCCAUGCAGGAUUGCCAUGGCAACACGCCCCUGCACACCGCCUGCGAGCGCGAGGAUGUGCCCACGUUGCUGGCCCUCCUUGGGCGGAGCAAGGGCCGCCCUGAUGACAGCGACAUCAACAACCUGCGGCAGCAACCGCUGGACCGGCGAAAAGAGCGGUACGACAAGGAGGUCGCGGACGCCCUGACCAUCAGAAACUACGAGGGUUUGACCUGCCUGCACAUCGCCGUUUUGAACUCUAACCCCAAGAUCGUGCACCUGCUUCUAGAACAUGGGGCUGACAUCAACGCUAAAGAUGGAAAGAGCGGCAGGACGGCCCUCCAUUUUGCGGUUGAAACAGUGGACAUCUCCGACUCACGCAUGCUGGAGAAGCUGCUGACCCACCAAGACAUCAACGUCGACGCCGCCACCUUCGCUUGCCAGACGGCGCUGCAGCUGGCUCUGGGACGCAAGCGCUUUGACCUUGUUGACCUCCUGCGUGCCCACGGUGGCAGCUGGUCAGAUGCUACUCGCGACUCCACGAGCGACAGUUAUUCAGAUGACGAAAUGGAUCGAGACCAGGAACUUCCCUACGACGACGUCUGCAUCGCCGGACAGCCAGUGCUAGUCUCCAGGAGGAGGUAGCGUUCGAGGUUUGCUGUCUUCGUUAACAAAACAAAAAACAGAAACAAAAAACAAAAAUAAACAUUAGAGUCUGGGCUUUUCCAACGACUUUAUAUUAUACAUUUUUGCCAUGUUGAGACAAAACUAUAUCUCUCUUGUGAACCACUCCCUUCCAUCUUAUUCUCCCAUUUACCUCACCCCCACCCCAUCAUAUCACACACCCGAAGAAAGAAAAUUUUACAUUGUGAUUGAAGUGCCUCCGAGCAGAUGUUUCUCGCUGAAAGGCAGCAAAAUUGUGUGUGUGUCCUAUACACGAGCGGCUAGUUCUGUGGAACACAUUUGUUUUCGGCAAAAAAUCAACAACGGACAUCUUUAAACAGAAAUAAAAACAUGGUUUUAGAUCAUCGACCUUAUUUCUGACUGACAUGGUCGUGCUUGUUACAAAGUUUCGAAGUUUAUUGCCUGGAUUUCUAUUGUUAAAAUCCAAUGAUAUACGACUGUUACUUUUAAUCCACGAUGCGCACCCAACGAGGGCACCUAAUUAAUAAGGAAAAUAAUGCAGAAAAAGUCUGAUUACAAAAUAUAUUCAACUACCUGCUCCAGAGCAUGUUUGAUUCUAUACUCUGGGAGGACCACAGUCUGCCUUUGACUGAAGGAUGUACCCCUGACUUUGAGUGAUUUGUCAAGAAAACCAUGUUUGGGAUUGUAAACCUACAACAUGUGUGAUAAUGAUAUAUGUAAUGUUUACAAAAUAUGUGUUUAUUGCUGAACAUACGUUCAUUUAUGAUAUGGGGAUGAGGCCCCCACAAAUGUACUGUUAUGUCAAACUAUGUCAGUACAGUUAUGUAAAUGUAUUUUAAUACAGCUAUGUAAAUGUAUGUUACUACUUCUGUGUAAACAUGUUACUACAGUUAUGUAAACAAAGUGACAUGAAGAUAGUUGAAUUUCAUGAGAUUUUACAUGCGAGUAGCACUGCAGUGGCAUAUGUUAGGGAAAGAAGUGCCUUGUGUUUUUUUUCUGUCAAACUUCAUAUCCGAUCCUACCCCUCGGCGGUCAUUUCCCUGAUAUAUCCUCAUCUCUGAGUUGUCAAGAACCAUCAGUAGAUAAAGGAAUCAAAAGGAAGCACAUCUGGCAAUCGGGUAGCAUGUUAUCAGUCAUGUGGGGUGGGUGAGUCAACAGUCAUAUGUCCCGGAGGGUUGGAUGCGUGCGUUGCACUCGUAUCUCCUUUACAUUCAUGUCCUGUACAUUUGUGAAAAUUUACAGACGCUUUUAAGAAAUAGAGGAGAGAUACGAACAUACAUGCAAUCUACCUCAAGGACAAGGAUUUCCCGUCAAUACAGUGUAAGGGGAUUUCAGAUACCCCGUUAAAGCUCUUGGUUGUUUUUAGACUCCCAGUCGAAAUUGUCUGGAAUUUUAGCUCCCCACCCACCCUAAAUAACAAGUGGAUGUCUUUACACCUAUGUACAAUAAUUGCAUCAUGAUCUUUAUCCGUAAUUCUCUUUUUGUAAUUCAUGUAAAAAGUAUCUCAUUGACCAUAAAUAAAACAUUAGUAUUGUGCGAUAUGACCUCCGACCUCGACUCUUUUACGUUUGAAACACCCGAUGCCAAAUCAUUUACAUUUUCAGACCUCCCUAAAUAAGUUCUCUUUACGCGAUUUAGAGGGGGAUUUUACACACGUUUCUAUGCGAUUAACUUAUAUUGACCAGAAAAUCUACAUCCAAGAUAGCUGUAUAUCAAACUGAGACCUGUAGGCACAAGUGUCUAGGAGUUGGGCAAAUAAUCUCGAGCCCCUCUAGGAAGCUUAGGAUCCGAAGUUAACAACUGUGAAGUUUGAUUUCGGACGAGUAAAUGUGGCUAUCUUGGGGAUGGGUUCUUCUCCAUUAAUAUCUCCUCUACCCUUCAUUCAUCACAGUUCAUUCAUCCAACACUGCUCCAAUCCGUAGGCGUGCUUCACAGGCCGGUUCGAUACCCUUGGCACGCAGUGAACUUGCUCACCCCAUCAACUGACCCACGCCUUCGAAAGAAAACGAGGAAAGAGAUGGGCUCUGAGAAAAGUUCUCUAAUAUCUCACUUUCCUAACGACUGAAAGGUUAGCAAUUCAUUUACAAGUUCCUCUACGGCAGUCUCGGGAGCGGACUGGCUGUGAGGUAGAACAAGCUCGUGUAUACUGCAUCUCAACACAAUAAAUAAUAAACAGUCCAUGAUAGACCGUCCUAAUUAUCCGAGAGCUUCAUCAGGUUUUCAUAGUGUAUAUCAACUAGAUGACUUUCUCGUAGUAUUGUGAAGAUUCAAUAUAUAUAUAUAUUUUCUCACAGUAUUAUAGGUUUGACUCUCCAAUUCCUUCUGUAUCAUAAUUAUGUAUCAAAUUAUUUAUUGCAAAUUGUCUUGGCGACAGCCUCUGCCAAACAUUUUACAGCUUAUGGCGGAUUUUUCUGUAUACAACAGUUUUUUUUUUCUUUUCUUGUGAUUAUGAACGUUCUACCCUCCCACACCCACCUUUGUCAUUUCAACUUUUGUCUUCUGCUUUAUUUACACUUAUUUAUUUAUUGCAUAAUGCCCUUCAGUUCUUAGUAAGAACCGUGUUGUUGGUCUUUCACGUUUAUCGUCAAACGUUUAUUAUUAAUGUCUACAGUUUACAAUAAACACAGAAAUCGUUUGAUAACUUUUUGUCUUUUUACUUGACUGCAAUUAUAUUUUUCUUUUCCCUCUUCGCACUUUUAAGAGCUGUAAAGUCGAGACAAAGUACAGUUGGUCUUACAUUGUUGUGUCUGCUAGUUAACAAUAUAUAUGUUCAUAAAAAGAUAGACAAAAGGAAUAUUGUUCUCGGCUUCGUAAUUUUUAUUUUUAUUUAUUUAUUUUUUGUUCGUGUAAUGUACAUAGUGGUUGGUGAGAUGACAUGUUCAGAAACACUCAUCUCUGCUUCGACAAACUAAACUGGGGAUCGCAAGUACGACAUGUCGACAUGUACUAAGCUCUCUCCUGAUAUUGUAAUUAUUAAUUUAAUUUAAAAUUAAUUGACUGCUUCCUCAGCGCUGCUCAUCGGCGCGAGAAUGCGGACAUUAAAGUCUGAAAUUCGUCGGCGCUCGCCUCAACUUUCAUUAGCUUGCCUGUAGUUGGUGGGGUGACUGGGUGGUGAACAGAUGUGUGAACAAAGUGUCUGUGUGCUGACUGUAUUUCCGUUUCCCGCGGACUUUCCUGUAGUGUGUAUAUGUUUGUGAUUAAGUCUCUCUUUUUAAAGCCUGACUAACGGUCUCGUGAACGUCUGUGACACAUGAGAAAUAAAUUCCAUCCCUCUCACUCGCUCACUGACUCAUGCACACACGCACACUACACAACACAUACAAUGCACACGCAUACAUACUACAUGUACUAUAUAAACACGCAUUAUAAUACUUGCACACCCGUAAUACACACACCCAAACACACAUAACACACGGGCACACACACACACAGAGGUUAACAUGUUAAUCAAGAGUUCAACACUACAGUUUGCUAGCGACUGCUGAGUGGGUGGGGCAGUGCUCAUGACUCAAGCGGGUGGCCUCUUGUCGGUUGUGUGACAGGUGUCAAUCAACUUAAGGAUUUGAGUAAGACUUUGAGUACACGAGUGCUCACAAGCCACGAGUGUGAGCUGCCGAGCUGACGUUUAUGUACAUAUUGACAAGAAUACCCCGACAUAUAUUUAUGUAACACCUUUGCCGUCUGUUGUAACCGUUGGCUUUCAACCGGGUUAUUUUCCCCACCACCACCACCACCACCACACAUACAGCAGGAAGUCGACGUCGUUGUUAAAAAUAUUCCUGGCUGACGGAGUUAUAUCGUGUGUGUGUGUGGAGGUGACAUUAUCAGACCCUCCUGUCGUCUGCAGUCAGCGUGGGUCUCACCAAAAUGACUCACAGGCGCUCGCGAUGACAAAGAAUAAAAGAGUAACACAAUAUCUACUCCUUUAUUUCUGUGAAUGUUGGUAUACUGGGCACCGAGUCACGUGCUGUAUGUAAAAUACAUAUGUGUCGCAUUAUGGCACAAAAAAAAAAAAAUAAAUAAAGAAUGCGCCAUAGGAAGCAGAAUGGUGGGAAACAAGAAAUACAUGUGUAUAAUAAGGGUAACCAGGCAUUAAAGACAACACUUGUCUUACAUCCACCUCCGUCUUUAUGACCAAAAAACAAAAAACAAAAAAAAAAACAAAAAACAAAAAAAGAAAAAAA